AUGGCAAAGAAUCCCAAGCCUCCUCAGGGUGACGCAGAUAUCAUGUCUGACGGAGUACAGCGGCAUGUUGCACCGCCGUCUUAUUCCCUUCGUUCUACUGGCUCGAUAUCCAAGGAUGGAGGAAAUUCUCACAAACCGGUGACUAGAUCACACACAAUUUUGACGUCCUCCGUUACGAAGAAGCCCAAGAGGAAAAAUGACAAAGCGGCGCAUACAAAGUGUCUCCGGGUGAUGAGCAAUAUUGAACAGGAGUUUCAAGAAGUGCUUGAGGAGAGAGAUGGAGAGAACCUCAAUCUUUCUCAGUUGCUGGACAAGCUCAAAGCCGAGAAAGCGCAAAGGAGUUCGGAAUUGCAAAUCGCAGUCACGGCAAGGAAUACUGCCUUAGCCGAGCACCAGAGGCUUCAGCGGGAGAUUUGCCAAUUGCAGCAGCAGCUGGAAUCCACAAACACCGCGCUGCAAGAUCAGGUCCCGUGGAAUGAUAUACAGCUAGUGUUGGAUCAGGCGCACACAGAGCUGGUAUCCGCGACCACUCGAUUCUGGAGCGCAAUCGACACCCUCCAGAACAGACGACUGGCAUCCUAUUUGCCAGGCUCCGGAAUGAUCCAGGCAGGAUGGCCCGAUCAGGGUGGCGCAGGUACGCUUGGCCACGAUAUGCUCCCCAGCAUCUCCCAAUCGAACAAUGACAACGUCCAACUUGGUACUCAACAUGAACUACCUACGACCAACUGA